GACGGCAACACUGAGAGUGGCAGUUGACGACGUAUUAAAAAAAAACAAUUUUAGAAUAAAAGGAGCAAGGCGAAAAAGUGGAAGCCAGUAUUUUUUUUUCAUUUCCAAAUAUAAGUAUUAAUGGCAGAUAGAUUGUCGGAAGUUCCACCGCCUUCUAAACCGUUCCCAGGUUCGCUUACUCCUGGUUGGAAUGAUCCACCCCCUAUAAAUGAUGUGUCUCGCCCAGCAGGCCGAACCCGACUCAACCUCAACAAGAGAGUUGCCUUUCCAGUGCAGGGUGCAACAGCUACAAACUCUUCAGAGAAUUCUCCAAAAUCCACAGUCUUUGCACGACCUAAUUUACCACCAGUAGGCAAUGUUCCGGUGCCUCCUACCUUAUCCGCGCAUCCAAAAAUUUAACUACAUCUUCUAACUUUGAUAAAUAAUAUCACUAUUAAUCCUAACUGAAAAAUUUUCACAGUUAAUUACUUUUCACUCUAACGUAUCUCAAGAUACCUGUGUAAAUACAUAAAGGUAAAUUUCGUUAAUCCAUAUAAAUUAAAAGUAAGUUACUCGGGCGACCCAGUAAUUCGGAUUGCCAAAGGCAUUAUGAUAAAAAAACCUAAUCACUAAUAUAAAUGUUAGAAGUAAAUAUAAAGUAACGGAA